AUGGACAUUCCCUUCUCUUCCUCCAUCGCUUACCCCAUGACAGUCUGGCCGCCGUUCUCCGCUCUCGCGGGCUGGCAGACCAUUUGCCCCCGGCUCUUGUCUCCCGACGCCGUCGUCCAGCCCCUACUCCUCCCUCCUCGCCGGCUCGCCGCGCCUUCGCCGACCCCGACCAUGUCGAGCGACGAUGAUCCCGCCCCCCAGGCCGCCACCGGUGUUGCCACUGCGCAACCCAAGUCGGCGGCCGACACUGCAGGUGCUCCAGGAGCGCCUGCCCCUGCUCCUCCCAAUGCCAUCGGGUCGAUGGGUGCUCCGGCCCCCGUGAACGGCCCAGGAGCCGCCGAACGCCAACGUACGGUUAGCGACCCCGAACCCCCCUCCAAGCUCUCGGACAGCGACAGUGGCCCCACUCGCGCCAACAGCUUUUGGCAGUCAUCCUCCUCCCUCUCCCUUGACUCACAGACGAGCACGGGCGAGAGCGCAAACGGUGCCUCCCGUCAUCACGGCCGCCCAAGCCGCUGGUCCAAGGCCAGGUCUACGUCGACAGAAUCAUCCUUGUCCCUCUCAGGCAUCACAAACCUCGGGUCUGUGUACAACCAAGACGGAUUCCCCAACUACCCCGUGUCCUCGGAUGACGACCGCGACAUUACACAGCUUGCAAUGGACGAUGCGGCAAUCGCCAAACAGUUGGCUCUCACGGACGAGGCGGUGCGUUCCAUCAACGGCACGGCCUCCGUCGUCUCGGCCCAAGGCCUCGGCAUGCCCAUCCCACCCCCUUCGGGCAACACGUACGAGCUCCCACGCAGUAUGGCCGCGUUUGUCCGCCGUCCCGGUGAGGUCGGUGCUCGCGGUGACAUUGCUACGGGUCGCUCGUUUGUGAGCUCGGGAUCCAGCACGUCCUCUGAAGAAUCCGAGCAUCUCGCUUCGGUACAGUGGGUCAACUCGGUCUCUACCCCAUCAGGAUCGUACCCCUCGACCUUUUACCCCAACUUUUACAACAAUAACAACAACAACAACCAGCAGCCCAACCGCUCGGCAAGUUCCCCCAAAAUGCCCCCGCCCGCAUCCACCAGUCGCAAGAUGGCUUCGCCCGGAGGCCGACGCAACGGCGUCCCCCUCCCCUCUGGAAGUGCGCAGGGAACCCCAACGCAGGCCUUUGUCGCUCCUGGGAGUGCGCCUGUGUCCGCCGGUACGGCCACGGGAGGUACACCAAUUGCGGGUGUGUCCGCUGAGGGAUCACCGGACAAUGACGACGAUGACCAGACUGUCGGUGGCCUCCGUGAGGGUAGUCCAUCGUCCUCGUCUGCUUCCGGCCUCGACCUUCUUUCUCACGCCGCCGCCCACCACGAGCGCACGCGUUACAGCUCGCAGACCAAGCGCAAGGCCGGCGCCGAGGCCGUCGCACAGUGGCGCGAGAGCGGUAUCCCCUCUGGCCCCAUGCGCCGAGGAGAGGUCGUCCCCAACCCUGGUGGUUACGAUUCGCCCGGCUAUGAGAGUACGCCCAGCGCCGAUGGCCAGCCGCGCGAAGAUCAGGGAUCAGAACCCCCAAAGAAGCGAAGGAAGAGCGAGAUGCAGCUCGAGGCUCCCGACGCACGUCUCCGCCCCGCCACGCAUGAAGGAGACGAGGCCGUCGAGGGCGAUUCCGAGUACGAGUCCGCGAGCGCAAGUGAGAGCGAGUACCACGGUGCCGGUGGUGUCCGAGGAGUGCGCAAACCCAAGGCCAAGAACCGCAAGCCCCGCGUGCGCUCAACCCUCGCCGUCCCGCCCGCCCCGCCAGCAACCAACAAGCCAAACUCGUCGGGCUCCAAGAAGGGUCCCAAGUCAGCAGCUGCCGCACCCAAGGCUCGCCGCAUGAGCGAGACCUCCGCCAAGGGCGGCGACAUUGCCGGCGGCGUCCAGUGCGACUAUGUCAACCCGCUGCCCCCAUACCAGCGCUGUCCCGACGUCUUCACUCGCAAGUAUGACAUUCCACGACAUAUGGCACGCCACGCUCGCCGUGAGGGUGACCUCGUCGCCGAGGGCAAGCUGCCAGAGGAGAAGGCGCUGCUGUGGAAGACCAUCAGGGACAAGCCGAGGAUCCGUUGCAAGACUUGUGGCGAAUACUUUACCAGGCAGGACGCGCUCAAGCGCCACCAAGCAAAGCAGCACCACCACUAG